CAUUAAGAUGUCCAGGGCCCUGGACAUCGACCUUGUUUAUCCGGAGGCAGAUGCAGAAGACCCAGUCGAACGUCGGGUCCAUGGCCGGGUCCCAACACCCCCAUGUGUCCCAUUUUUGCCAUCCUUGCAAACGAUCCUCAAGCGUUCCUGGGACUCUCCUUCGUCUCCCCUCGGGCCCCCACGGAAGAUUGAGUCGCUAUACAAGGUCGCGGCUCCAAAUGCUCCGUGGCUCAUGUCGCAACCUCGCCAGAAUUCGGCUAUUGUGGAAGGAGCCCAACAGACCUCCACCCAGCGCCAAACCACCUCACCGGUCGAUAAGGAGGCCAAAAAGAUAGACGCCCUGGCCAAGAAGGCGUAUGCUGCAGCGGCUCUGGCGGCGAAGGCCUCUAGCUACACGGCCUGUAUGGGAGCUUAUGUCCAGACAUUAAUGGAGGGCAUCUCCCCGAUUGUGCCUGACGUUCCCGAUGAGGUUCAGAGGACCCUGACCGAAAUCAGGGAUGAGACCCACUCGAUUGGCAGCUGGCUCAUCACUGCGGCUAGGAACGUCACGGAAUGCGUUGGAAGGGCGAUGUCGGCCUCCAUCGCGUUGAGAAGGCACGCCUGGCUCCGCGGCUCCGACCUCAAUCAGAGCAUGAGAUCCACCAUUGAGGACAUGCCCAUCGACGGUUCGGGGUUGUUCCACGCCGACACGGACGAGCGGCUUAACAAGAAGUUCCGCAUGAAGGCGGCCGCUCGCAAGCAUGGCAUGUCCACUCCGGGCUCUUCUUCCUUCCGCAAGCGUCUUCGGCCCUGGCAACAUCACCAAGGUCAGUUCCAGAGGUCCCCCUAUCAGGAACGUCAGUUCCAUCAACGGGGUCGCAGCGGCAGGGCUACCCCUCUCAACAAUCAUCUUCCUCGGGCCGUCGCAACCAGUCUCGGUACAGAAAGAACCACCGACAGGAGCCCGACCAGGGGAAGAAAAGGGCAUGAAGAUCCCUAG